UCCCCACCUGGGUUUACCUCGUUCAGAAACAGCCUGAGUUCCCAGUGCUUCCAGACUCACCAUGAUGAAGUUCCUGGUCCUCAUUGUGGCGUUGGUUAUCACCACAGGAUCCCGGGCUUCCGCAGCACCAGAGCGAGUUUCAAAGGUGAAGGAAUUGAGGGAUUCCUUCAAGGGACUUCCAAUGUUAUCCAUAGUCAUCUGGGGUAUGGCAGACAGAAGCAAGACAGCCCCGGAAUUGUCAGACCUGUACCAUAAUGUAAGCCGACAAUUGAGUAACUUCCGCCGAGAAAUUCCAUCAGAGAUCAAAGAACCAUUGGAGUUGGUGGGUGCUGUAUUAGAAGGUGUCAUCAGGAAAACCUAUCGUGCUGUAAUUGACCUGAACGACAAGCAGGACAUCGAAGAACCACUGAUAGACGGACUGUCGUAUUAUUUUGACUCAGUCCUGGAGAGAUUGGAACCCUAUUUCGAGUCCUUCAGACCUAUCCUCAAUGACGAACUGAGAUACAUAGAUGCGAAAUUGCCGGAGUAUUUUAAACCUCUCGACGAUCAGCUCUUCUUUUAUCUUAAGAAGUUGGAAGACGCUCAACCGACUCUCCAAGCUGCCGCCGACCAAACGCUGACUCGUAUCAGACAAGGGCUGGAGGCUCUCCACAAGAACCUGAAUCCUUACCUUAAACCCCUUCUGGAGGAGAGCAAAAAACACCAAACAGAGUUUUGGGAGUGGGUUCACGCCCCCAUAUUUCCCCCAGACCCGUGAUUAUUUUUUUUCCAUGAGUAAGGAGGAGCGAUGCAUUGUUGAUCUCCAAAGAAAAGCGGUGUGGCCGGGGUGACUGAAAUAAUGUGGUGCAUGGUGAUUUGUAACAAACAAACAAACCCCAACAGCUGAUGUAAUAAAGGAUACGUCCCCAACAAUGCCUGGGCAGCCACUGA